GCAUCAAAAGGUAUUUUGUAUUCCUGUGUGCUGGCAGUUUUUCCACAUUAGCUUUUCAUAUAGUCUUAAUAUGUUUGACUGGAACAAUGAAACUCACUUUGCAAUAGUGCAUGAAGUUGUUCAAGAAAUAAUACUUACACUUGCUGUACAAAGUCAUUCCAGAGUUUGUUGGUUCUUCUGAAACAAAAGGGAUUCACUGUAAUUCCAAGAAGCACUCAGAACCCAAAUUGCCACUUAGGGAGCCAUUUCUUUUUCUAGACUCUUCUUAAUAAGGUAACAGAACAUCAGCUUGGAACACUGUCAUUGGGGAUUUGUUUUCAGAAUAUUAUUAGUAGCAUUUCAGUGAAGUGGAAACAAACCUGUGCUCUGAAAAGGAACUGGAUCAUGGGGAAAGACAUUCCAGUGAGAUCCAUGAACUUGAAUUCUACAGGGAUAAUUUGCUAUUUUAAUACCUAAAUAAAUAAAAUUAAAAGCUUAGUUUGUGAAUAACAAUCAGAAUCUGUAAACCUGAUGGUAUGACAGAUAGACUUUUGUAAACACAUGAAUGUGUGUCAUGUUUCAAGUAUGGAAUAUGUAUCUGGUGCCUGCAAAUGUGAUCGUUGUGAUGUUUAAAAUGUGGAAACGAGUGUUUGUUUUUGAUUGUUCAUAGUGUUUGGGCUAUUUGCUGCUAGAAAUGUCAGAAGCUAAAUUCUUUAAGGUGCAACUAUCCAGUGUAUUGAGCUGGAGAACAGGUAAAAUGUACCUUAUUCUAAAAAGCUCUAUGGGAAGUGGAAAUGACAUCUAAUGAGUCAGUAGGAACUUUUUGUUGUUUCAAUACUUUUUGCUAUAAAGUUAGACCUCAAAGGACACCUUCAGUUUGAUAAUUAAUCUAUAGAAGCUGCAGUAAAAUGUGACCUUCUUCAUGGGAGGAGAAAGACUUUGUUCUCUCUGUCAUGUGUUGAGUCAAUGGUAUGUGUGCUGAGGAGUCUGGCCUUUAUUUUAUGAAUUACAUUUGGGAUUGUUUCUUGGUUGGGUCAUUGGUUCUGGUUUUAGUUCUGGAAUGUCACUCAAAAUAAAACAGAACUGUGGGGGGUGGCAGAGGGAGAAUUGUGAUGAUUGUACUUUGGUUAGAGGUAGUGGUGGUAGAAAACCUGUCAUCUCUUAAUAAAACAGUGAAUCCCAAAUCUGUUUGCUGUUACUCAUCCCAGUCAUUUUUCCAUUCAUGACCUGUAACUAUGCAGUUGGAACAGGGAGUUUGAUUUAAACAAGACAUGAAGGCGUUCCCCAUUCCAUUGUUCUGAAUCCCUGGGAUUUGACGUGCCUGGGUGCCUAGAAUUGCCAAAAUGCUUUGGAAUUCUUAAACGAUUCAAAAGCUGAAGUCUCUGAGGAUACAAAAGCAUAAGAACACAAGAAGCAGCAAGGAGGAUUCAGUGCCAAUGCAGCAACAAAAAAGACAGCCAGAGUUAGUGGAAGGAAAUCUUCCUGUUUUUGUUUUUCCUACAGAACUUAUAUUUUAUGCAGAUGACCAGUCAACACACAAGCAGGUGUUGACUCUAUAUAACCCCUAUGAGUUUGCCUUAAAAUUCAAAGUUCUUUGUACAACUCCAAAUAAAUAUGCGGUGGUGGAUGCUACUGGUGCAGUGAAGCCUCAGUGCUGUGUUGAUAUUGUGAUUCGUCACAGAGACGUUCGGGCCUCUUACUAUGGUGUCAUAGAUAAAUUCCGACUCCAAGUGUCUGAGCAGAGCCAGAGGAAAGCAUUGGGGAAAAAGGAGAUUAUUGCUACUCUGCUUCCAUCUGCAAAGGAACAACAACAACAAAAGGAAGAGGAGGAAAAGCGAAUAAAAGAACACCUGGCUGAAAGUGUCUUUUUUGAGCAGACUUUGUGUCAACCAGAAAACAGAACUGCCUCGUCGGGACCUAGUUUACUCACAGUCUUCCUUGGAGUGGUGUGUGUUGCAGCACUAAUGCUACCUACAUUGGGGGAAAUGGAAUCCCUGGUGCCUCUCUACCUCCACUUAAGUGUGAAUCAAAAGUUAGUAGCUGCUUAUGUUUUAGGUCUCAUCACCAUGGUUAUUUUGAGAACAUGAGCAAUGAGUUCAUAGGAUGUCAAACACCUUACUGUAUAUUCACAUCAUGAAUGUGGACUGCCUUUUACUCCCAUUUGGCUCAUUAAGAUGCUAGCAAAACUGUUCAGUGAUUUAAGAUACCUUCAGAAGUGUAAUAUAUUUUAACUGUGUAUAAUAAAUGAAAGACUCAAAGCACUUGGCGGUGCUUCUGUAACAGACAGCUAUGAAAUGUUCAGUGAUACCUGUGAAAAUAAUUUGAAAAAACUUUUAUAUCUAUGCCUACUGUAAAAAAUCCUUAUUAAAACAACAUUUGUUAUUUUUAGUCUAUGUUCACAUCAGUGCGUGAUCACUAUAAAAGCAAACUGUCUCCUGUAAAAACGCUCAUUUGGUUUGUGGUUGUACCUGCUGAGGCUGGCACAUAACACUUCUGUAUAUACAUGCCAAGGGGUGAGAGUCGUGACUGAUCAUUGAAGAAAAUGAAAAAUUCCAUCAGUGGAACUGAAAUAAACCAUGAAUUUUAGGUGAAGAAGUAAUUCUCAAAUUUCUUACUUCAUCAUUACCAAUAUGUCGUUGAGUGCUCAUUUUCUUACCUGGGGAAAUAAUUUCUUGCAACAGUCAUUUUGUACCACAGUUACUAGACAAUAAAACCAAGUUCUGUAAUCAGAUUCUUCAUUUCUUAGGGAUGCAUGGAAGUGGCAUUAAUGGAAGCUGAACUCAUACUAAUACAAAAUUAAUAAUUUUCUCUAUUUUAGAGACCAAACUAAGUGAAACAGCAAAGGCAUUUCUCUACAUCCCUCCCCCCCACAGCUACCACAGGAACUUGUUUUCUAUCAGAAACUCCUACUUAAAUGCCAGUUUCAUAUUUGAGGUGAACAUUAAUCUUGUUUCAUACAACAAGUAUUUCCCUUUAUUUGACAUUUCAUUGUCGAGAUGUUAAUUCUAAAAGGGCAGCUAUUACUGCAUUGGAUUCAUACAGACAAAUCUUUGUUUGUAAGAAGUCUAUAGAGUAUGCUCUGAUAUGAAUAAUAAAGUUUGGAAAUCAAACCUUU